AACAGCCGGUGACGUACUCAGUGGGCUUUCCUCCGUGUGCCGAUACGAUAUGCCUCUUCACAGCGUCAGGGCGGCUCAGUCGUUUUCCACAAAUACGGCACGGUAUCCCGCCUCCGCGUCUCAAGUGGCUGGAGUCGAUGUGCCGUUUGCAGUCGCCACUACGUGUAAAUCGCUUUCCACAACCAGGCCAGUUGCACACAACCCUGCCGCCUCGCGUAAGUCGUUCCGGACCGUCCUCGACGGGCGAGAAAGCCUCGCGGUCUCGACUUGCGGACGUCUUGCGUCUCUUGCGAAGGCGGCCCGUAGCAGACCUAUCCUCGCCGUAGUCGUCAUCAUCAUCGUCAUCAUCACCGUCCGAAUAUGAGCUACGCCUCUUGCGAGAGCCACGCGUGAAGAGCAGUUCACUGUCUUCGUCGUCACUAUCGAUCGAAGUGGAGGAUUCCGAAGCAUCGUUGGCGUUGCUAGCGAGACAAGCCGACAGCCUCUCCUUCGCUUCACAUGCAGCUUUCCGCGAAGGCCGGCCGUCUAUACGCGGCAGCGACAUCGACGAAGAAGCGCACAGGUCCGAUACCGGCAAAGGAGAUGUACGGCGAGUGUGUGUUAGGGACGCUAGCGCGGUCUUCGAGUAAGGCUGGCUCGACUGCGAAAGCUUUGAAGACUUCGGUGAGCGGAUCGUUCCUUGGUUUUGCGCACGCAACCUCUUAGAUGACGGCAGGGGUGACCGUGGCGGAGAGCAAGACGGAGAGCGAGACGGAGAGCGAGACGAAGCGCGAGAUGAAGGGUAGGAUGAGGGAUGUAAUGAAGAGCGCGAGAAGAGAAUAGAGGCGUGUUCGAAUUCAGGAAUA